UUGUUACAAAUAACAAGUGGGUUAGCCUUCUGAAUAUGACCUCAGAUAAUGUAAUAGAAAAAAAAUAAAAUUGAAAGUGAUUAUCAUGAAAAUUUGUUAUGGUUAUAGAUAGGAUGGAUCAUAAAAUAACUUGACUAGUAUAUAUGCACCACAUGACAUCUAUGGAAAAAGCAUUGAAAGUACAAAUAAUCAAAGGGAAAGGAAAAAAUUGAGGGUGGAGAUCUUUUGUCAAAUACUCUAGGCAGAGCAUACCCAUUCACAGGAUGUAAAUCUUAGUCUAAGCUGCUGGGAUUGAGGUCAAGUCCCUCAACCAUUGUGACCUGAGUUGUGCACCUAAUCAGAAUGAAGGCACUUUCAGUGUUGUCACAGGUUUCUUGUGAGGUUCCACUGUAAGUAUACAGGAAGAUCCUUAAAAAAUAAAUUACGUUUGGAAUGUAAACUAAUGAAAUUUAAAGUGAUUGCUUCUGCCCAUUUAGAAUCUUUCUCUUUGCCUAGAAAAAGAGAAAAUAACAGAGUUUCUCUUUUGCUCAUGAGGGGAAGGGGAUAUGAAUAAAUAAACAUAUAUAUAUGCCCUGCAUCAUGUUUAUAUUUCUUUAAUUGUUUGUUGUUUUCUUUCUUUUUUGGAAGCAGAGAUGAGACUUGGAAUGAAGAAAACUCCUGCAGGGCUAAGCCAUUCUGUGUUCAUAUCUCACAAACAAAAACUCAUGUGUGAUGGUCCCUGUGACUUUACGUGGAGAGAAAUCUGUGAAUUACAUGAGAGAAUCCAGAUUAGAGAGAGACACUAUGAAGGUAACCAAUAUGGAAAAGGUUUUAUAAAAAAGGAAACUCUUAUUAUACACAAGAGAAUCCACACUGCAAGGAAGCCUUAUGAAUGUAACCAGUGUGGGAAAGCUUUUUUAAAAAGAGGAAUUCUUACUACACACCAGAGAAUCCACACAGGAGAAAAACCUUAUGAAUGUAGUCAAUGUGGGAAGGCUUUUAGACAUAGGAACAGUCUUAUUGACCAUCAAAGAAUCCACACUAGAGAGAAACCUUAUGAAUGUAACCAAUGUGAAAAGGCUUUUAGACAAAAUGGGGCUCUUAUUAGACAUCAGAUAAUCCACACUGGAGAGACACAUUAUGAAUGUAACCAGUGUGGAAAGGCUUUUUUAAAUAACCAAUGUCUUAUUGAUCAUCAGAGAACCCACACUGGAGAGAAACGUUAUGAAUGUAAGCAUUGUGGAAAGACUUUUAGAAAAAAGAGUACUCUUAUUGGACAUCAGAGGAUCCACACUGGAGAGAAACCUUAUAAAUGUAAUCAAUGUGGGAAGACUUUUAGAGAAAAGGGAACUCUUACUGGACAUCAAAGAAUCCACACUGGAGAGAAACCUUAUGCGUGUGAACAAUGUGGAAAGACUUUUAGAAGAAAGGGAGCUCUUACUAAACAUCAAAGAAUCCACACUGGAGAGAAACCUUAUGAGUGUGAACAGUGUGGAAAGACUUUUAGCAAAAGGGGUGCUCUUACAGGACAUCAGAGAAUCCACACUGGAGAGAAACCUUAUGAGUGUGAACAGUGUGGAAAGACUUUUACAUGGAAGGAGAGUUUUAUUAAACAUCAUAGAAUCCACACUGGAGAAAAACCUUAUGAAUGUAAUCAAUGUGGAAAGACUUUUACAUGGAAGGAUAGUUUUAUUAAACAUCAGAGAAUCCACACUGGAGAGAAACUUUAUGAAUGUAAACAAUGUGGAAAGGCUUUUAGCAAAAAGGGAACUCUUACUGUGCAUCAGAGAAUCCACACUGGAGAGAAACCUUAUGAAUGUAACCAGUGUGGGAAGACUUUCAAAUAUAAGAAUAGUCUUCUUCUACAUGAGAGAAUCCACACUGGAGAGAAACCUUAUGAAUGUAACCAAUGUGGAAAAACUUUUGCAAAAAAGGACUCUCUUACUGGACAUCAAAGAAUCCACACUGGAGAGAAACCAUAUGAAUGUAACCAAUGUGGAAAGACUUUUACAAAGAGGAUAUCUCUCACCAUACAUCAGAGAAUCCACACUGGAGAGAAACUUUAUAAAUGUAACCAAUGUGGAAAGGCUUUUACCAAAAGGGAAUCACUUACUGUACAUCAGAGAAUUCACACUGGAGAAAAACCUUAUGAAUGUAACCAGUGUGGAAAAGGUUUUACAGAAAGAAAAGCUCUUACUAUACAUCAGAGAAUCCACACAGGGGAGAAACCUUACCUAUGUAACCAAUGUGGAAAGACUUUUACACAAAAAGGAGCUCUUACUGUACAUCAAAGAACCCACACUGGAGAGAAACCUUAUAAAUGUAACCAAUGUGGAAAGGCUUUUACAGAAAGGAAAGUUCUUACUGAACAUCAGAGAAUCCACACUGGAGAGAAACCUUAUGAAUGUAACCACUGUGGAAAAGCUUUUAGACAAAAAGGAACUCUUACUAAACAUCACAGAAUCCACACUGGAGAGAAACCUUAUGAAUACAACCAAUAUGGAAAGGGUUUUAUAUAAAAAUCUGAUUGUGAAUUGCCAGAUCUGUGAAGAAAUGUAAAGGCAUUAAAAUAAGGAGGAAAAUUAAUUAGGGAGAGAAUCCUGGAAGAAAAUGUGGUAGUGCUGAUGCCUUUUGUACUUGGCCAGCUCUAACUAUAACCCUAUGGGGAGAGUGAGGAAGGGAAAAUAAAAGAGGACUAGAGGGGGCCGAUAACUUCUUAAGCAUAUUGGAUCCUUCUUUGCCACCUGAUCACCUACUUGAAAGGCACCAUGGCAGAAUGGAAAGAGCACUAUAUUUGGACUCAGGACAUGGGUUAUACUUCUGGUUCUGCUUAUACUCUGGGCUUGAAAAAGUUAUUUAAUUUCACUGGAGCUCAGUGCAUUUAGAUUAGGGCUAGGCUCUGUCUCAACCCUAAAUCCUUUAAGAAGCCAAAGAAGUGUUUUAAAAUGAACCGUAUGCUUCAAUGCCAAUUAUUAUUGGUUCUCAGCUUCCGAUUAGGGGUAAUGACUCAAUUGACUUCAUAUGAUUGGCAGUUUGGAAAAGGCAAUAAGAUAUCAGCAAUUCUAAACCUAGAUCUUUGUUGAGUUAGGAAACUUGCACAUCCUUCCUAAAUGAACAACUCUGGGCAACUAAUGAAAUAGGUUUCUUGCUAUAUUUGUUCAGGCAGAAGAUAUUUUAUUAAGAUGUUUUUAAGAAUGAAAGAUUUCAACUCUGAGGUUUCAUCUUAAAUACCUCAAAUUGAUAGUGAUAAUUCCAAAAAGUGGAAAUAGCAUUGGGGGGUUAGGGGAGAAUCAAAUUAGAGACACAGUAAUACAAUGUAUAUAGCUGUGAAUUGAUAGUCCAACUGUUCUGAAAGUUAUUUAGUAUCAGGAUUUAUUAAAAGGUGACCAAAUGUUCAUACUUUGUGAUAAAAGACUUUAAUAGAAAGGCAUGCAUUCUAAGGAAGCGAGGGAAAGGAUUCCAUCUACACUAAAAUUUUCAUUGCAGUGGAUUUUUUAUUUUUGUUUAGUUUGUUUUUUUGUUAGCAAAAAAAAAUUGAUGAUUUUUAGUUGAAGAAUAUCUAAACAAAUUAUGAUAAUGGACAUAUUGGCAUAUUGUGCCAUGAGAAAAAGUGGAUAGGAAGAAUGCAAAGAAGUAUGGGGAUGGGUAAAUGAAUGAAGACAGAUUCAGUUGAGGAAAAGGAAGAAAAAAUUGCUACAUGGUGAUUCCCUCAAAUACUCAGAUAUCCUGAUGAGUGAUCUCUUCAAUUUAAAAUUGUUCCAACAAUGUAGAUCCAGCAAUGUCUGUCUGUCCAUCCUGUGCGACUCUUGCCUAUGUUUCACAAAAGUUCAUCACAGAGCAUCUAUUCUAUAUGAUGGAGUCCUUCCUUACUUUCUCCUACCAUCUCAAGGGCACUUGUGGAGUGUUCUGGCUAUCCACUCAUCAAUACUCUUCCUUACCAUGUGACCAGUUCCUCUUCUCUUCUUGUCCCAUAAUUCUUUAAUAUAAAGAAUGAGCAAUGCCAAUUAUCCCAACAGAGGACACCAACAAAGUUCACAAAGUGCAUCGGUCAGCAAACAUCUGACUCCCUUAACAAAUGGAGAGAGGCAGCUACAGAGAUGGUACCAACUGGACUAUAAAUGAACUUGUGAAAUCUUUUAACUUUGUAAUCUGUGCUAACGGUGGAAAAACACAAUUUUGGGACCCUACAAUCUGUCAGUUGUUGAUAGGUUGAUAUAUUAGGCAGAAAUUGGGGACCAUCACCAGUUGUCUUGACCUAUAUCUUUCCACUGGGCUUAGAUGGUCCUGAAGGAUGGAGUAAGGCUCAUGACUUUACCCAGUUUUAUCUCACUUAAAUCCAAGUCAUAUGUAAAUCAAGACAUCACUUGCUAAUGGCAUCAAUCCUCUUUGAGAAUAAAAGAACAAAAAUAAUCUUCAGAUGAAAAAGCUCGUGAGUUCACAAGUUCAGCAUUCCUCUCAGGUAAAAGCAAAAGUUCAGUUUUCCCAUCAGUCACUUUUAGUUGCAAGAAAACUCUGGCUUAAGUUGAAAAGUGCAUUAUUUUUAUAAAACACUCAAAUUCCAAAGAAAUUGGUCUCUUAGCACCACUUACAAAUCACUUCAUGUCCAGGAUACUUAUUAUUUUCUAUAUGGUUCACUAUUGUGAUUUUGUUCUAAAGCAUCUAUUGUUAUGUGUACUAGCCAAGAUGGUGCCAUUCCUGGAAAUGCUGUCUCUAGCUAUUUUUGUACAAUUGGAGGAAAUUUGCUAUCAGUUAUUUCUGCAGGGUCUAGAUGGAAAGUAUCAAUAUUUUCAAGAUGAAAAAGAGCUUGUUACCAAUUCACAUUUCAGACUUUCAACCAAUCAAAUUGUCCCUGUCCCUAUGAUACUAUUAAUCCUUUACCUAUUUAGAUUGUUUUCCCCACCUACCAACUCCUGUGUUUUGUUCUAGCUUUAAAAUGGGGAACCUUUCAUCCUUCAGUUCUUUAGCUCCAUUGAGAAUCCAUUGUUCCUCUUCACUAUUAAAGUUGUGCUUACUUAAUAAACUGCUAAUGCUCAGA